AUGGACCCCCAGAGACCCGACCAAACGCGAUCGGCUCUGAUACUCUAUGGUUCUGAGACCGGCAAUGCGCAGGAGGUGGCUGAGGAAUUGGGUGCGGUGGCCGAGAGACUGCGCUUCUCGACACACGUAUCGGAGUUGAAUCAGGUGAAGCCAGAAGCACUUUUUAAUUACACCCUCACCAUUUUUGUGGUGUCUACAACUGGACAAGGCGAUUUACCGGCGAAUGCGCGAUCUUUUUGGAAGUCAUUGCUACUUAAGAAACUUCCGCCUACAUACUUGAACGGUGUGGAUUUUGCAUCGUUCGGUCUCGGCGACAGCUCUUAUCCAAAGUUCAAUUGGGCUGUACGGAAACUCUACAAGCGAUUGCUGCAGCUAGGUGCAAAUGAUAUCUACCCUACAGGGGAGGCGGACCAGCAACAUCCUGAAGGACUAGAAGGCACAUUUCUACCAUGGUUGGCAGAUUUCCGGAAGAAUUUGUUGGGUCGGCAUCCUCUCCCCGCUGGCCAGCAUCCUAUCUCAGAUGAUGUUCAACUACCACCAAAAUGGAUUUUACAGUUGAAGGGAGUUGACUCCUCUGUUUCAGAACCGACAGCUGCAUCGCCAAAUUCAACCACUGUGGAAAAUGACCAGACUGGCUUGUCAAACCUAGACCAUGACAUUCGGCCAAUCCCAGAUACUCUUACCGCAACACUUGAUGAGAAUAGGCGCAUUACACCCCAAAAGCAUUGGCAGGAUGUUCGCCGUGUUUCUUUGACUGUUUCUGAAUCUGUUUCAUACGCUCCUGGUGAUAUGAUUGCCAUAACGCCUAAAACAUCACCGACAGAUGUACAGUCAUUCAUCGACAUAAUGGGCUGGAAUGACCAUGCAGAUAAACCAAUCUCCCUUGUCCCUACAGGAAAUAUACCAUCACCAUCACCGAUACCCGGUCUUGACGCAUAUCCGAGCUUGACCUUACGAUCGCUUCUUAUAGACUAUCUCGACAUCAAAGCAAUCCCUCGCAGAUCUUUCUUCUCUGCUAUAGCGCAUUAUACGAAUGAUGAGUUGCAAAAGGAACGCCUUCUGGAAUUUACGAACCCAGAGUACCUUGAUGAGCUAUGGGAUUAUACCUCGCGACCGCGACGGAGUAUUUUAGAGGUGUUGCAUGAAUUUGACACCGUGCAGGUUCCUUGGCAGCACGCCGUCUCGGUUCUUCCAGUAAUGCGGGCCCGCCAAUUCAGCAUCGCAAGUGGCGGCGCGCGGAAGAAAACAGCAGACGGAAGAACGCAGUUUGAACUUCUGAUCGCUAUAGUCAAGUAUCAAACUGUCAUAAAACGAAUCCGCGAAGGAGUUUGCACCAAGUAUCUCUCUAGCCUCCGACCAGGUAGCACACUUCGGGUCCAGCUUCAACCAGGUGGACUCAACUCCUCUAUCCAACAAUUGACUGGAUCUACCAUUCUUAUUGGACCUGGGACAGGUAUCGCGCCUCUUCGGUCAAUGUUAUGGGAGAAGGCGGCGCUAGUCCAAGCAUACCGCGAACAAAAUCCUGGCAUUGAACCUCCAAUUGGACCCACAGUGCUACUAUAUGGUGGCCGAAAUCGAAACUCUGAUUUUUACUUCUCAGAGGAAUGGGAUCAACUGGGUCAGCUCAUUCCAUUGCAGGUGCUUACCGCUUUCUCGCGUGAUCAACAGCAGAAGGUCUAUGUACAGGAUACGAUCCAUCAGAACUUCCAGCUGUUUUUCCGACUUUUGCAUGAUCUACAGGGCUCUGUGUACAUUUGUGGCUCAUCAGGACGUAUGCCUCAGGCUGUUAGGGAAGCUUUGAUUGAGUCGUUUCAAAAUGGUGGUGCACCUGUCAAUGGUCGACCAUAUACUAGAUCACAAGCCGAGGAGUAUUUGAUCGCUAUGGAAAAGAGUGGUCGAUACAAGCAAGAAACUUGGUGA